GGUUCCACGCCCUCCUCCACCCUCCACUCCUCCGCUGCUCCAGCCCGCCUGCCACCGCUUCGCUUGUCUAUCAUCCGUCGGGCCUCGUCCUGCUACUCCACUGCUCUCUCCACAUAUUGACCCGUCUGGUCUCGCUGCCCUUGGCGCAUUCAUUGCGCAUCUAGCAACGCUACGAGAAAGGAGACGGGUGCCGCGUGCUUCUCAACAACCCAUUCGUUCAUUACAUUUAUCUCCGCGCUCGCUCUUCGUCCAGGGAAAACGCUACAGCGAUAUCGAUACUCCAUUGUUAUAUCUGUUACCUACGAGCGGCCGAGGCGCUGCGCGAAAGAAUAGCACGGAAGCCAAGCCACCGCCAACCUCCAGGAGGUACGGGUGUAUAUGAGUGUCUUGGUCAUGACGAAGCCCGAAUCGAACGAAAUGGCUGCACUACCACCUGCUGAGCCGGCCUUGCCUCCGGUCGCGCAUACCGCUGCUGCGUCGACGCCAAUGCCGUCUGCAUCUUCGCAGCACGCAACACCAUCCCUAUCACACGCCCCAUCAAGAUCACAGCCUCCAACGACUGCCUCCUCCAGACCCGCGCCGCUCGAAGAAGACAUCACCGCCGUGGCGACCACCAACGGCGAAUCGGAAGCGGGUCCCUCGGCCACGAUGGAGCGCAAAGAGUCGGAAGCGAUAGGGCCAGCUACCGACGAGAAUAACAUCCCCAAGUCAGCCGGGGAUACGGAAUCUGGCCCUACUGUACUAAUCACGCUGCUUCUCACAACGGGCAAGAGACAUCCAUACAAGAUCGAUGCGAGGUACCUGCGGAAGCGGAACGUGUCCGUUGAGGAAAAUAAUCCUUGGAAUCUGCCUGUGCAAACGCUCAAGGAACUUAUCUUGAGGGAUUGGCGAGAGGGUGAGUCUUCCCGUGUGAACGCUUCUGUACGGUGAGAGCGAUUUGAGGAAUUGGAAGUAUUCGCGUGGAAAUACAUACAAUGCGAGACAGACUGCUCCGGGACUAAAGGUGAUUGUGCGGGACUACUUAUGCUAAUCAUCGCUCUCUACACAGACUGGGAAGAGAAACCAAAUUCUCCAUCCGCGAUCCGCCUAAUAUCUAUGGGCCUCGAAUUGCAAGAGGGCGAACUCCUAAAAGAGAAACGCUUCAAUCAAACCGGCCCCAAUAUUGUCCACAUGGUGAUCAAACGAGAACUGCCUGAAGACGAAGAAAUCAAGAAGGACAGCAGCCGAAAGGGCGGCAGCGAAGCCGGCAGCCGAAGUCGCUCCGGCUGCUGCGGCUGCGUCAUUCUGUGAUAUGCUGCUUUUUUGGUCCGCCCACCUAGACGCGUAUGACCUCCUCUAACCAAGGAGCGUUGUGAGAUCUUCGGGCAGGCUUCGAAGUCAACAUCGCUAAGCAACGAAGGCGUUGGAUUUUGCUUUUUGUCCCCCUUUAUUUUUUUUCUUUAUCACUGUCGAAGGGAAAGCGGGUUUGAACAUACGGAGCAUGGAAAUUUUUUUGAGGGCCAGUGAAGGGACGGCCCAUUGAGAUGCACUGGUGGUGUUCUCGUGUUCGGUCUUUUCCAAAGUCUUGUGCGUGGAAUGGGGCAGCUCGGAGUGGCAGGGAGCAUGUGCCGACGGCUUUUCCGCUUUGUUCAUGUCUUUCCAUACUAAAAGAUGGUCUCGCGCGGCCAUCUAAGUUGUCUCUGUGUUUAUGAUUCAUCUGACAUAGUCUGCUUCCAUACUCUCACAUGUUGGUAUAGAUAUUCGCCUAGGAGUUACGGCUACAUUGUAAUAGUUGGCGCUCCGUCGCACUGUUCUUGGCAGGCGGAAAAAGGCUGUUCUUUGGGUAGCGUCUGCUAUCGUCUCAUUUCAUUCUCCG